AAUUUGUUUAUGCGUUAAUGUUUAAGCGUUCACUAAUUCUCGACCAACAUUUCCCGCCAAUAAUUUGAAAAAAAGAACAGAUAAGGAAAAGAAAGAAAAAUGAGAAUCGCCGAGAUUUCCUCCACGCCGGACCGCCGCCGAGCCUCCCCCGUGCCUGCGGUGUCCAACCACUCAACCGUACUCACACAAAUCGAGACCACCAUCAAGUCGCUCGAGCGUCACUUGCCACUGCAUCCCUUGCCGGAUUCCUUCUCCUCCGAACUCCGACUUGCCCUCGUUCAGCUCACUCAACUCGCUCCUUUCCCCAAUUCCGUCAAACUUCAGGUCUGGAAACUAAGCUACCGCCUCUGGAACACGUGCGUCGACCUCUCCAAUGCUUCCACCGCGAAAAUAUCCGAGGAACACGCCAAGCUUCGGCAAGUCGCUGCGGACUUGCUGUUUCAGACCUCCGAUGUGGCGGGAAUUCCAUCGCCGGCGUUCAAGGCGGCUCUGUUCUUCUACAAAACCGGUUUGGUUUGGUAUGACCUAAGAAAAUUCGAUUUAGCUAACAACUGCUUUGAGAAAGCCACAGAUCUUGUGUCAAAUAUAGAAAUUAGCUCUGUUUCUGAUGAGGACGACCGGAAAUUGCUCUUGGAUCUCAACCUUGCUCGAUCACGAGCUGCUUGGGAUGUUUUGGAUCGGAAUUUGGCUAUCGCGUUAUUAAACAGGUCAAAAAAUGUGUUGUUUGGAGUUUCAAGGAAUUAUAAUGCACUGGCCAAUCAGUACUUGACUUUUGGAAAGACUUUGCUGUCGACAAGUGAGGUCUCCGCUGUGAAUGAGGCAUUGAAGUUGAUCAACGAUGCACUGGAAUUGUGUGAGAAAGGUUUGAGAGUAGUGAAAAGGACUGAGGAGACUUUGAAUUUGAAGGAGUUGAGGUUGAAGACUUUGAGAUUCAUAGCAGCCGCACAUCUGCAGAAGGAUGAAUUUGAGAGCGUAUUGAAAUGUGUGAAGAUUUUGAGGGAGGUUGGGAGUGGUGGGGACCACCAUCCAAGUCUGAGCGUAAUGGCAAUGAAGGCGUGGUUGGGGUUGGGGAGGUAUGGGGAGGCAGAGAAGGAGUUGAGAGGAAUGGUGCUGAAUAAGGGGAUACCGGAGGGUGUUUGGGUGUCAGCUGUGGAAUCAUACUUUCAGGCUGCAGGUGCAGCAGGGGCAGAGACUAUUAAAGGAGUGUUUUUGGGGCUAUUGGAGCGUUGUCAUGUUAGUGCUGGUGCUGCUAUUAGGGUGGUCAAUAGGAUAAUUGGAAAUGGAUUGAGUCAUGGUGAAGGAAUGAAGGUGAGAGCUAAUGUUGUCACUGAGUUGGUUACGGAUGAGAGAGUGGUGGCGGUUUUUGACAGAGAAGGUGCUGCCAAGGAGAGGACCACCAUGCACGCCCUCCUGUGGAACUGUGCCACAGAGCAUUUUCGCUCCAAAGAAUACCUGCUCAGUGCGGAGAUGUUUGAAAAAUCUAUGCUAUAUGUACCUCAUGGAAUCGAGAACAGAAUUCUCAGAGCUAAGGGAUAUCGAGUUCUUUGCCUCUGCUACCUAGGCCUGCUUCAGCUAGAUAGGGCUGAAGAAUAUAUAAAUGAGGCUGAAAAACUGGAACCCAAUAUAGCCAGUUCAUUCCUCAAGUUUAAGAUUUUCUUGCAAAAGAAUGACCAUGACAGAGCAAUUGCUCAGAUGAAAGCAAUGCCUAGCUGCCUUGAUUUCACCACUGAUUUCAUCUCUCUCUCAGCCCAUGAAGCUGUUGCCUGCCGUUGUCUGCCUGUUGCUACUGCCUCUCUAUCCCAACUGUUAAAUUUUUAUUCCUCUGGAAAAUCAAUGCCAACUAAUGAGGUGGUAGUAUUCCGCACCUUGGUUACAAUUUUGAGUCAGGACCCAGCUAAUGAAACUGAUGUCCUCAGAUACAUGAAACAAGCUCAUUCCCGGCUAUCUGAGAUUGGGCCUGACCUCUUCUUUGGGAAAUGUGAGGUUGGAAGACGAGAAAAGAAUUGGUUUGCAGGGAACGCUUGGAACUCUGGAGUUAAAACCGGGCAGGAGAAAAAUUAUGAAUUAUCUGCCGAGUUCUUCAAAUUGGCAUCAGAAUUUUAUGGAGUUGUAGGUGAUGAAGAAACAGAGGGUAACAAUGUAAUGGUUUGCAAAUCAAUUAUAAUGGCUGUAUCUGCCAUUAUUGCUGGUGAAAAGCAUAGGAACUGUACCUUGCUUGAAACUGAAGUGAGGCAAGCCAUUGAUUUUUUGGGCAGGGCAGGAAAGAUGUUAAUGUCAAGCUCAGCCAGUAUCAGACAAACUGAUGACCAGACGACGGCUAUUGAGCCUAACUUCUUCUUCAUGUACACUUGGAGCUCCUUCGACCUGUACUCCAGGCUAAGUGAUAUGAGUGCCCAACAGCUCUCUUUGGUCAAAGCUUUCGCCAGCUCCAAAUCUUGCAACCCAAAACAUCUGCUCCAAAUUGGCUUAGAGGCCUCACAAGGACCUCGGUCCAACCCGGAAGUAUGCGCCUUUGCUUUGAACACCUGCCUAGCCAGCCUACUUGCUUCUCCUUCACCAGAUUACCAAACCGUGGCUCUCGUUCUCAGGAAGCUAAUUUCUAUCAGAACCAUUUAUAAAGGAGACACAGAAGACGAUUCAAUAACCGAAAUCUACAAGCAAGCAUACCGUAUCAUGGUUGGACUGAGGGAAGGAGAGUAUCCAGUUGAAGAAGCGAAAUGGCUGGCUAUGACAGCAUGGAACCGAGCUGCUCUCCCUGUAAAGAUGGGCCAAAUUGAGUCGGCAAAGAAGUGGAUGAACAUUGGUAUGGAACUAGCCACGAAAGUUCGGGGGAUGCAUACUUAUAAAUCAUGCAUGGAGGACUAUUUAGCAAGCUUUGAGAAGAAAUUUUGCGGGCAGGACAGUGGCAAAAGCAGGACUCAAGCAGUGUCAUGAUGUCAAAAUUUUGUGAAGUUUGUAGAGAGAGGAAGAUUAUUUACAUAGUUUCUAGGUGGUGUUUGCAUGGCUCUUGUCUAAAUCUAUUCUUGAUUUGUAGUUUGGGAGUCGAAGCAGUGUUGGAAGGAACAAAAAGGGUUGCACAAAAGAACUCAGAUUAUAGGCUAACUAUGAAAUUGGAUAGUCUUCCUCUGCGUUAGCUCUUCGUUUUUGAAUAAGAAUAAGAUAAUGCU